AUGGAUAACCUAGCCCAUGAUUACCCUCUCAACCACAGGAAGCGGAAGGCAGACAACGAUGACUGCUCGGAGCCCCAAGUUCCUUUGAGGCCUGACCAGGCCAAGGCGCCUUCUCCUCCUGUCUCCGCGACUCUGAACGCUCCGAGGCAGCCCUGUCUCGCGUCAGAAUCAGACCAAUCUCUGUGGCCCUCUUCCUCCACGCCUGCCUCUAGUCCUCUGUCCACGGAGCGCCUCUCUCAUGCCACCAAGCGCCCCAGGUUGGACAGGCUGCGGAUAUCGGGGCGCAAAACUUCCCGACGCUCCCCAAAGUCCUCACCCACCAAAUCACCCGCUGUUCGUCACGGCAGCGACCUCGAGGACAUUGGCAUUGUUCCGACAGCCGACCCCGGCCCUUCCAGUGGUUCCUUGCUCCGCUCCAGGACCGCCUCGUUCUGUGAUGACAGUCCCGUCCAGCAGCCAUGGCUCCGCUCCGUGCCCUUCGACCUGAACUCGCUCCCCAUUCCGCCGCCACAGCCCCUCAUCAACCGCCAAACACUCAAGGAACUUGAUUUGGACGCUAUUCUGCGAAAUCCACAGCUCCGCCAUGACCUAUUAUUCGAUCCUGGGCUUCAAUUCAGGCCCACCGGGAGCAGAAGAAAGCGUGAAAUGGCGGAUAAAUACUGGACCGCCAUCGUGCAAGAAGUCGAGCAUGGAUGUACCUGCAUGACCUUCGAGGCCCGCAGAAAACCCCACCGGCUUAUCUGCAUAUGUGGCGAGUCUUCAACUUCGUCCGGCACUAUUCUACAACAAGUUGGUCCCGACCUAUACACGGUUCACAUUCCACCACGCGUCCCUUCGCUUCUCACAGAAUUUCUCGAGGUUCUUCUGCUUGUCAUUCAGCCACUGUCGAGCAUAUCAGGGAUAUAUGUCAACCCUAACACCUUCAAGGCACAAAUGCAAGAACACUCCGCCCAAGCGGCGUAUAUUCGUUCCCUUUUCGAUCCUGCCCUUAUCGAGCAGGAGCUUAGGCGCAACUUGUUCGAUCCCUCGGGUUUAUUCCGGACAAUCGGGGAGACUCUAAAGGGACAUUGUGCACCAAUGCGAGAUCGGUCCGUCGAAGCCAUGAUUCGAGUUGCAGAGCAGUGUGGUUCGGGUCCCAAAAAAUCAGCUCGAGAUGCUAUCAAGGCUAUUCGAAUGUGUAUGGAGAUCCUCGAGCUAAUGAAACUCGACAUCGCCAAUCACCAACUCCAGACCCUUCGACCAUUCUUGCUACGAACAUCCGGCCAGUUCGAAUUACGAACGCUGAAGGGACGUUGUGGCAUCGGAGCGUCAUUAAACACCACACGCGAGUGGAUUGAGGCUUCCCACUCAGCCAUGCUGCAAUCGCAACCGAUUUUCCACCCCCUAUUCCCAGCAACUCUAUAUCUCGGUAUUACGAGGUAUUGUCGACCUCGUUUUCGACCCUCCGGCCGCAUGCCCGCCCCAAACAUCCACCCCAACCAACACCCCGCCCGCAACCCCAACAGCAUCUUCCGCGUCGACUCCAGCCCUAAUUUCCCAGAAACUCUUUAUCUCGACAAUGCACGCAUGCAUAUCUUAAGCUCCGACGCCUCUGAUACGACUGCACUCUAUAUGUUCCUCCUCCUCUUUCGUCAACUGGUUUUCUCCGACAACUCCAAUUCCAACCGCGGGCCUCCCAAGCUGACGGAUGCCGACCUUAUCAGAAUCAAGCGCGAAAUCCGAGAUAUUGCAGGUAACUUCCGACCUGGUCGAUGCUUUUCAAGGAACCCGGACAAGAAUGGCAAAGAAGCAGAAACCUGGCGCGUAGUUAAAGAGGACGUGGUUCUACAGGUCGCGAAAAGGGCCACAGAUGCCCGAACUGGUCGACUCUCUCACUCGUCAUCACCAACUUGCCUGUCCUCGCUUUUAGCCUCCUCCGUCUCCACGCCUUCGACUUCCACGAUUGGAGAUGGUCCCGACGAGCGGUCUCUCAGUAUUGCGCGCAAGUGGGCCGAUACUCAUAUCCGCAGUGGGUCCCCUCUCAGCACCAUGCUACACAACCGCCUCAAGGAUGUCGUCUUCAACGCUGUCGUUACCACCGCCUUCCCCGCAAGAGACCUCGCCAACGGCUGCCGUCCCGUGGUUCUGGACUUUGCUCCUCCGGGUGGCUCCAAUCCUGAGGGCGCCGUUGGGACGGCGACUGGGAUGGAACCUCUCGCUGAUGAAAUUCGAACCUUGGCGGAAAAGAUUUCUCUCUUGGCCUCCAUCCACCUGAAUGCCCCUACCCAUAAAUACUUCCAGGUUGCGGAAUGCAGCGCUCAGAGUCUAGGCUUGGGGCGCCAACGAAACUGUACCGAUUCCUUCGACGCCCACGGAGAGAGGAAACCCAGAGAACUGGAAGCUCCUCUCGACUUGAGAGCGUUUGGGUUGAUAAAGGAAGGGAACGCUUUACUACGUUCGGUACAUCGGAAGAUCGAGGGAAGGCGUGUAUAUAGUCUGCCCGCUCCUCAGACGUCUCAAGCGAUGGGAACCCAGCUUGGAGGCCGUAAUGAGCGGUCAGUUAGAGGGAGUUCGAGAGACAGUACUCGGGGGCGAAGUGUAUCCUUAAUUCGUCGAUUCCCAACGACCUUCAUUUUUCAUGUAAAACGUGAAGACGAGUGCUCAAUCCCGGAGGGAAGAUGCGUAUUGCCGGACAUCCGAAACCCGGUGGAAUCGUCUCUUAAGAAGCAGAAGGGUUUGAUCCUUCUCAUUUCUGCGCCUGCAGGACCUUUCCGUGCCAGCUGCGUAUCCUGCAAAGUUGCCUUCCUUUCCGUAGAUCCUGACCACAUAAUUUUCAUUAAGGUAAUGAUCGGGUUGGCUUUCAAGAUGCCUCAUUUAUAUGAGAGCUUGACAUGGCAGGUGUGGAUUAAGGUUCGAUUUGUGACUGCGGCAGAAGAUGAUCUCCCGGUUAUCGUGGACACGCAGAAGGCGCUCGUCACGGUCAAGCUACGAGCGCCUUUCGAAGAAUAUUGCUCUCCAGAAUUGACAACCGAGAAUUCUUCAAUGACGACACAGGCCACGCGUCUUGAAUAA